GUGAAGUAUCUCCAAAUCCCUACCGUGCCCGGUGUGCUGGAAACCUUUUGUUCGGUUGAUAUGGUGGAAGAAAACAACGACCAGCAAAACGGACCGCCGCCAGGACGAAGAAACCGCGCUGGCCACGCUGACUGUGGCGGUGGGGGAAGAUGACUAUAUUUAAGCGGACCGUACACAAUAUCCGAUCAUCACAGACAGCCUGAGCAGUACGCAGCUCACAUCGGCAGACAAGCUAGCAAAGCAGUCAAUCCGUCAUAUUUGUGCGUAGCGAUCCGUACUCGCUUUUUCGGCGUGCCUCCCUGUUCAGUGUACCUGUGUUUUGUUACGUGUAGUACCGCUUCCAAACCAAGAGAGCAACCAUGAAAGUUUUAGUGGUACUUGCCUGUGUGGCAAUUGUAGUGGCACGUCCGGAACCACCGGUCGGUGGAUACCAUCAGCACCACGGAGGUCACGGAGGACACGGUGGUCAGGGUGGGUACAACUAUGCCCAACCUGCCCCGCACAGUCCUGCCCCCGCAUUCGGCCAUUCGGCACAGUUCUCCGGUUCCGCUGCCACGGCAUCGACCGGUGGAGCGUUCCUCGAUACGCUAUCGGCCGGUAGUGCCAGCUCUGCGUUCUCCGGUGCUUCCAGCGGUGCGUUCUCCGGUGCUUCCAGCGGUGCAUUUUCGGGUUCCAGCGCGAACGCAUUCUCCAACGCCAACUCCUUCAGCCAGUCUAAUGUAGGCGCGUUUGUCGCUCCCCAGCAACAGAUCGUCCAGAAGCACAUCUACGUGCACGUGCCACCACCAGAGCCGGAACAGUCUUUCCAGCAGCAGAUCGUUGCACCAGGACUGCGCCAAAAGCACUACAAGAUCAUCUUCAUCAAGACACCGCACGUACAGCCGUCCGCCGCACAGCUCGCCCUCCAGCAGUCCCAGACGGAAGAGAAGACGAUCGUCUACGUUCUGGUGAAGAAACCGGAAGCACUUGGUAACAUCAACCUGCCCGCACCGUCCGUCACCAAGCCGAGCAAGCCGGAGGUUUACUUCAUUAAGUACAAGACCAACACCGAGGCGGUGCAGGCCCCGGUUGGUGUUGGCGUCAGCUCAUCCGGUAGCGCUCAGGCCGAUGCUGGCGGUCUCGGUAUCCUCUCUUCGAGCGGUGCAGCCUCCGCGUCCGCGUCCGCGUCAGCCGGUGCUCAUUCGAGCGUCUCAAAUGUACCCGCUCAAGCAUACGGAGCACCUGGACAUCAUCAUGGCGGUGGCUACCACUAAGCAGCGUAAAAGCAAUAACCGCGCCUAAGGAGCGUCCUAGAAUGCUCGGCCAAAAUGUCAUUCCUUUCCACCAUUAAUUUACAUCUCGAGCUACUUUCUCCCCUGUCCUUACUUUCCACGUAAUGGUGCAAACAUUACUCGAGUUUAGUUAGUACACUUCUCUACAACGGAAACGAACAAAAUAAUGAAAAAAAAAACUAAAAACAAAACAACGAAAAAAAAAGGUGCGAAACAAAAGGUAAAGUGUGAACAACAAAUGACGCACAAACAAAAACACAAAACGGUAACACUUAGGAGAAGAAACAAAAACAAAAAAGUAGCGGUGACAAAUUUUUAGCAUGUAAGAAGGAAACGAACAAAACACGCACAGCACCGUGUGCGUACAUGCUGAUGGAUGGGCUCGUAAGCUGACACCGUACAACCGGAUGGGUGGCGUCGACAAAUCCCGGCGUGUGCGCGAAAUGCUCAAACAAACGAAACAUACAAACGUAGCUAAUUAAUACUCGGUUAAAUUAUUUAUCGUCCCCUUUCUGUUGCUACGCUGCCAUCUUUUUCUGCCCUUUUACCUUCUGAUUCUUCCGCUUCUCUUCUUGCUUUCUUUUCUUGUUCGGACGUGUUUGUGAUUGCUGGUGGUUCGUGCCGGUAAAGUUUUGCCAACGGAAUUGAAGGAUUUGAAGACCAAUCGAACCACCUUCCGUUCCCGUUUUUGGAACCAACCGGAUCAUGGCACAGAACAAAAAGAAAAGAUAAUACUUUGUGGUUUUGUUUUAUACUCUAAUUUUUCAUUUAGUGUUUUCUUCUCAUU